AUGGAGAAAUUCAUUGGUGAUAGACAUUCAUGGCUCUUAGGUGACUCAGGUUAUCCUAAGGAACCAUGGUUGAUGACUCCUAUCCAAAAUGCAUUGCCUGGUUCGCCAGAAAGAAGAUACACAGAUUCCCAUACUCAGACAAGAAACUGUGUAGAAAGGUGCAUAGGUGUAUUGAAAGGAAGAUUCCUCUGGUUAUCAAAUUUGCUCAGAUAUAUCCCUGAAAAAGUGGGUAAUAUUGCAAAUGCUUGUGCAAUUUUACAUAAUAUAUGUGUAGCUGCUAGAUUGGAUUUUAAUUUGGAGAUGCUACCACUACAGGAUACUGACAAUCAUCUAGAACAAGGCAAUUUUGACCAAAGAACAAACAGAGAUGGGAUUUUGCUAAGAAGGAACAUUAUUGCCAGAUACUUCACUAAUUAG